GUGUAGGUGCAAGUUUAGUUUGUGUGUAGGUGCAGGUUUAGUUUGUGUGUAGGUGCAGGUUUAGUUUGUGUGUAGGUGCAGGUUUAGUUUGUGUGUAGGUGCAGGUUUAGUUUGUGUGUAGGUCCAGGUUUAGUUUGUGUGUAGGUGCAGGUUUAGUUUGUGUGUAUUUGUAGGUUUAGUUUGUGUGCUGUGUCUUUAAAUCUCCUGCGCUCUCUCUCUCUCUCUGUGAGUCACGCUGCUCUCUGAUUAGUCCUGAUAAUCCGGCUGUUUGUUGCCUUUGAUCACAACAGCUCAGGCACUGAGUUGCAGUUGACACUUCUGGCUUUACACGGUUAUAAACCUCCGGUAUUACUGAGGAUUUGAUGAUCUUCAAACGAAUCCUUCUACAGUCACCCUUUGUGAGCUGUAGGAGUGACGUAGACUUCCUUAACAAAGACAUCGUCAGCUUGUUCUUGCAGCUGAUGAUGUGGUGUAAAGAUGGAGGCUCCUGAAUACCUGGACCUGGACGAGAUCGACUUCUCUGAUGAUUCAGUGUAUUCUGUGACGUCUUUAAAGAGCAUCCCCGAGUUAUCCAGGCGGAGCGAUGGCCAGGCCGAGGAGAGACCAGCUCCUUCCAUCAACUGGAGUCGCGGUGUUUCCUCCCACAGCGGCGGGGGAAUCAAACCCACCGGGAUCGCUGAGGUCCACAGUAAGUUCCGGCCGGUGAAGAGGGUCUCUCCCCUCAAACACCAACCAGAAACCACGGACUCUGACUCUGAUGGUAAAGUCCAGAGUCAGGGUCUGGUGGAGCCGGGGGAGAGCAGUAAAGAUGACCCGAGCUCUGACAAGGCGCCACACGCCUCCUCCGACGCCCCCGGAGGAAAGGCUAAGGGCCUGGGCGGUGGCUCCGGCGGUGUUGUCGGAGGAAACAACCCACAGGCUCUGUUUGGGGAGCUGGAGCACUACGACCUGGACAUGGACGAGAUCCUGGACGUGCCUUAUAUCAAGUCCAGCCAGCAGAUGUCCACGCUGCCUCGCGUCACCCACGACAAGCGCUCGGUGACGGGGAGCAACCUGGGAGGAGGCACCCUGGAGAGGACCAGAGGAGGGGGGCUGAAGAGCUCCUCUUUAGCCCACAAUGAGCCUCUGAGUCUGGGCAGCGCGAGCUCACAGACGCAGUAUUGUGUCCUGUCCCCGGUGAAGUGGUCCGACCUGAGGAAGUCCAAGUCCAUGGAUCCAGACCUCCACCACCUCCACCGCUCCCCAGGAGGCUACCAGUCAGACCUGCUCCCCUCUGGACUCCUCAGCUGCUCCUCCUCCCUCUCCUCUUUCUCUGAUGCAGACAAGCUGCUGUCCGCGCGGGUUUACCCGGACUCACAGAGCCAGAGGCCGAGCGUGGAGCCAUCAGGAGGACCAGGGCACAUGUUCCCGCUGCCUGGCUGCAGCAUGGGCAGGCAGGACGCCUCAAAGACCUGGGCUCCAGGGUCAGGAGCAGGAGGAGGGGGAGGGGGAGGCAGUGGGCCGAGGGGGUUUGGAGGAGCUGGAGGGGAGAUGGACGAGGAGACAAAGAAGAAUCAAAACAUCAUCAACAUCGUCAGAGAGGGACAGAUCUCGCUGCUGCCUCACCUGGCUGCAGAUAACCUGGAGCUGAUCAGAGACGAAGACGGGAACAACCUGCUGCAUAUUUCGGCCUGUCAGGGUCACGCUGACUGUCUGCAGCAUCUCACCUCCCUGAUGGGGGAGGACAGCCUGAACGAACGCAACAACCAGCAGCUCACCCCCGCUGGGCUGGGAGUCAAGAACGGUCAUCUGGAGUGUGUGAGGUGGAUGGUGAGUGAGACGGAGGCCAUCGCGGAGCUGAGCUGCACCCGAGAACAUCCCAGUCUGAUCCACUACGCUGCCCGCCAUGGACAGGAGAAGGUGUUGCUGUGGUUGCUUCAGUUCAUGCAGGAACAGGCGAUCUCUCUGGACGAAGUCGACCAGAACGGAAACACAGCGGUCCACGUAGCGGCUCAGUACGGACACCUCACCUGCAUCCAGACUCUGGUGGAGUACGGCUCUAACGUGACCGUCCAGAACCAGCAGGGGGAGCGGCCGUCCCAGAGUGCCGAGCGACAGGGACACACCACCUGCGCUCGAUACCUUGUCGUUGUGGAAACCUGCAUGUCGUUGGCUUCGCAGGUUGUUAAACUCACCAAACAGCUCAAUGAACAGGCUGCAGACAGGAUCGUUCUGCAGAAACAACUGCAGAGACUGAUGGACCCCAACAAGGCAGAGGGGACACCGUCCAGAUCUCCCAGCUCCCAUCAGCCCUCAGUGGAGGCGUGGCCUGAGAUGUUGCUGACAGCAGAGGGGACUCCUGGUGAUGGUCAAUGGUUGGUUCGACAGGCAGGGGCAGGACCAGACUCAGUGCUGCGGCAGCUGCUGGGCAAGGACAUGUCGGACUCGCUGUGUUCCAGGGAGAGGCUGCCUCCAGCGGUUGGCCCUGGCCCCUGCGGCCCCGCGGCCCCUGGAGCCCGCAGGACGGUGCUGGGCGAGAGGAGGGAGCUCAAACUAGCGAGACUCAAACAGAUCAUGCAGCGCUCUCUGAGUGAAUCCGACACAGAUGGUUAUCCACCAGAGGAGGGUAAAAAUCAAGGAGCCUCGGCCUCCAACACUCUGCGACCUGAUAGGCCGUCUCACCUGCCAAUCGCAGAGGAGGAGCCAGCAUCAAACCACCUUGACCCGAUGAUGAAGAACCACCUCCCCGCCUCCGCCCCGACUUCCACCAUUGAGAGGAAGCUGGCAUUUUCUCUCAGUGGGUCAAAGUCAGUGGACAGCAUCGGUUUCAACCCGUCCCCCACCUCCAGCGACCCCGAGGCAGCAGACGCUAAAAUAUCGGACGUUUCAACCGACUCCCACGACGCCACCAACGGCCAGAAAGUCGCCACGAGCCCCAAGAGCGCCCUGAAGUCACCCUCAUCUCGCAGGAAGACGUCUCAGAACCUUAAACUGAGGGUUACCUUCGACGAGCAGGUGCACAAGAGCUCCAAUCCGGAGGCAGAGCAGACCAAAGGGCAUCAUGGGAAGGAAAGGACUCCGACAGGAAGCUCUGAGAGUAAGCGGUCGUUCGGGGCGUUUCGCUCCAUCAUGGAGACGCUGAGCGGGAACACGAACCACAACAACAACAGUGGUGCUCAGUCGGGCUCUGCUGUAAAACCGCCCACCUGUCAGAACUCACCUGGCAGGAAGUCAGAGAGUAAAGGCAGCCCAGGGGGCGGAGCCAAGGGCAAGAGCAGAACCAGUAAUGUGUAAGCAACAAACCAGCAACCAAUCAGUGCCUACUGAGGCCAGAGCGCUUACAACCAGCCACAGGGCAACGACACAGCGCAGAUCUAAGAGGCAAAGAACAGGAGAAAUGUAACCUGAUUGAUGUGUUUCAGGUUGUAGCACUUUUUAGCUUCACACAUUUUAAAAAACUAAACAUGCAGUCACCAUCUCCAAUGGCUGAAGUGAAAUGUGUGAAAAAUCCACUUAAAUAUCCAAUUAAAAAAUGCUGAAAAUGUAAUUUAAUACAGGAAAAUAACUGCAGAUAAUUCCCUGACUACACAACAAUAUUUGACGUCCUGUUUACGUCACCUUACACAAAGUAAAAGAUCAAACUGUAAUGGGAUCUAAAGUGACAUCGAGCUGCAAAAACUAACUCCCCCCCUCCCCAUUCCCCCGCUGUCCUGCACUCUCACUGCUCCAGGACUAACCGGGCCUGAGCACGGUUACGUCCUCUUUCCAGGGAAGUGCACUGAGCUUGAGAACGGAUCGGAGCACUCACAUUAUCAAGCUGGACUUUGAGGGUCAAACGUGCUUCGACGUGGUCGGAUUUCCUAGAGUGAGUGCGCCCUGAGAAUCCAUGAGUUAGUAAAUUAAACACCUCAGUACAUUUUACACAAAAUACACAAAAUAGUCUUCACUCAACAUUCACAAGACUUUUUGAAACAUUAAUACUUCAGAAAUUCAGAAUUUUUUUGACCCCACCCCAAACAAAAGUUCCACUCACUUCCGAUCUUGUUUUUUUUUUUUUUCCAGAGGAUUUUAAACUUUAAACGUUAGCAUUUCUCACGUUCUUUGCCUCAAAUGUUAAAUCUUUUUAAAGCUGUUCAUACAGAUUGAGGUCUGAGAGACAUAAAUAGAAGCCCUCCCAGCUUUUCUUUUAUCUAUCAAACGUUUCCUGGUGGAUAUUUAGAAACAAGAAAUCACUACAAACAAAGGUAAAUGAAAAGAACCUGUGUAAAAUGAAGGAUCAGUUUUCCUGCAGAAACUUCACAUCUCAAAAACAACAAACUCUUUUUUCCUCACAUUGAUCAGAUCCCUCUAAGAGGAGGUGGAAGUUUUCUGUCACUCUGUUACUGUGUAAAGAAUCAGUGUUAGUAUUUAUGUUUAUGCACACUUUAAUAUGAAAAUGUUUUAAAUGUGGUUACAAUCACGCACGCGUUCAACGUGCACCGGCACAACUAAUACGUUUAAAACCACUUUAUGUGUGGAAGUAUUAAUUUUGUAUUAUUAUAUAUUGUUUAAUAUGAUUUUUCACUCUAUGUUUUUUUAUCUAUGCAGUAUUUUUGGCAUGAAGAAUUAGAUGUUAGUUGUGUGAUGUGUUUGAGGCGAGGAGGUUUGAGGACGCUCCGCUCACAGACAAACAGGCUCCUGGUUUAAAGGUCACAAUCCUCCUCCUCUUCAACCAGUUUAAAUAAGUCUCAGAGCUCGUCAAAACAUUUCUUGUUCUAAAUCCACUCUGAUCCUGUAUUUGAUCAUGUCUAUAAACCCCUCUAUUUCAGCCCUGCUCAGAACAGGCUGUUUCUGUGUCUGUACCUUUAAAUAUGUAAAUGAGCUGUCUGACCACGCCCCCUCUCUGGAAGGGGAUGUGGCUUGGGCUUUCUUGCACAAUGCCCUAUUGUUUACGGUGAGAAGGCAGACUCAGAGGGCAGAACAAACACCUAGCUGUGGGAGUGUCACCCACCUGGGGGAGGGGUUACUGCCCUUUGUGAUGUCAUGAAGGGAAAAUCUCCAAACGGCCUGUUUGAGCACACAUUUUCUGAAAAGUGGAGUGUAUGGACUUUUCUCAUCAUUGGGGGGUUUGUAGACGGACUAGAGACACAUAUUAGUGUGAGAGAAACAUGGUGAAGUGGAUUUUGGAUAAUAUGUGACCUUUAAACUUUAACAGAUAAAAAGUGUCUCGAAGCUUAAAAAUAGAAGAAUAAGGCUGAAAUCUGAAGCUCUCAUCCGAGGUUUGAAUUUCAAUUUGCCAAAAGUCCUCACUUAGGAUGAGUGUGGUAUUUAAAAACACCUAUGAAACAUUUAAACUGAAGGUUUUAAUGGCUGUUUGCUCAUCCCCCGUACAUCAUUAAUUUUAAUGGGUUUGAACAUUUAGACAGUAUCGUUUAUUAGAGCCUCACUAGCACCACCAAGAGGCUACAGGUGUCAUUACAUCCCACGAUUCAACAGGGUUGGACAGCUUAGGCUCGUCGUCAGGUUCAGGCCAAGAAUGGUCAAGUUCUCGUUCACAGCAGUACGAAACCACAUCUGGGGAUUACACCAACAACUGUAUCUGUAAAAAAAAAACGUUGCUGUGGUUUAGUCUGGACAUCCAUCGUAACAUUAUGUAUUUAAAUAUGCUUCAGCGUCAUAGAUCUGCUGUAAGACUUACUCUUUGUCGGACAUGUUGGAUGGUCUGAUGACUUUGAAGGAAACUUUCACAAUCAUGCUGCAUUCAUACCAAAGCAACUCGGUGCUUUUACACACAAAGACAACGCAGACGUCUUUGAUGCAAACUUAUGUUACGUGUUCAAUUAACUCAAUUGUUUCAACUCAAGUGAGAAAUGUUGGUAAUGCCGUGUUGAAGAUCCUCCUGAUCUCCCUCCUUUGGUUGCAUCUAAAAUAUGAUCUGAUGAUCCAAACUCCAUUAAUUAAAAAACUUGCAUUUCGAGCACAGAUGGCCUAGCGGUUAUGUUGUUAGCCCCAUGUACAGAGGCUGUAGUCCUCGUCACAGCAGCUGUGGGUUAGAAUCUGACCUCAGCCUUGUUGCUGCAUGUCAUCCCCCCGCUCUCAGCUGUCCUAUCUAAAAUAAAGGCAAAACGGACCCAAAAAACCUUAAAAAAAUUGAAGCUCUUCAUCCUGCAGACAGAUGUUGACAAAGAACGAACUUUGACUUUGUACAAAUCUGCAUUAUAUUGGAGAUGUUUUGGCAUCUUUUUCACCUGCUUAUUUAACCAGCUAAUUCUGUUAAUUUUGGGCUCACACUGCUCGAGCGCUCAGGUUCCAUCCAUGUAAUUAAAAUAAAACACUCCUUUGAGAAUCUUGGUGUGUGAGCAGAGGCCUCAGCGCUGUAUCUCUUAGCAUUCAGAGUAACUCGAUCCUGUCCUUUGUGUUUUUUCAUGCAUGUUUAUGUUGAUUAAAAUACAGAUGUAGCAGAAAGUUUCUGAUCCCAGCCCUGUAGCGGUUCUCAUCGUUCAUAAAUCUGUUCCUGGUAUCAGCGAGGUUCUGCUGUGCAGUUCACUCAUCCCGUCAACAUUUCUCACUUCACCACUUUAAGGUUUACACGCUCGUGUUAGCGGGUCUGUAGGUGAUGAUCGGGGAUACUUUGGAGGCAGUGGAGUCUUGAAAGGUUUUCCUGCUGACUUUUUAAAGGAGCAGCGUCUUCCCAGCAUGAGGAUUUCAAAUCUUUGUGUCAGUAUAAAUACACUACAUUGGUUAGCCUGAUCUUGGAUGAUCAGUGUAAGACACAUUUGUACGAGCCUGGUAUGUUGAGCAUACUCAGGUUGUUUUAAAACCACAGAUUGAUGAAGUGUAACAAAACGUUCUGGUUGGGAGUUUCCAGUGUCCAACUUUCAGUCUCUGAUGCCUCUAAAUAUCCCUCACUGCCAAAUCAGUGUUCAUCCUGUGGGUUCAUAAUCUGAUGAGAUUGUUUGUCAAAGCAGUAUAUUUGUGUUUUAUUUGAAGUGUCUUCAUGAUAACCACUCCGUCCAGACCAGAGGAAGGAGCCCGUGUCGUCUUCUAGAGGAAACAAAAUGAACUCUCGUUGAUGGACUUUGUUGCUGCAUUGACUGAUUUUUGUAUUCUCAAUGAAAAAAAAAACUAAAAAUGCAAUAUCCUUGAAUGUUCGAGGAGGCAGUGAGAUGUCUGAGUUCAGUGUUUUUUUGUUUUUUUUUACUAACCAGCGUGUACAGAGACAGACGGCCACUCCGCUGUUUGAAGACAAACUGAAAUAAACGGUUACUUUUGGCAAAA